CCUCUCCUCCUCCAGUUGUUUCAAGUGUUGAAUAGUGCUGUAGCUGCUUGCUUAUAAAUAGGAAGGAGGAGGAGGCAAAUUACUUGCUCGGAUCCAUCCAUCCAUCCAUCUCUACCUAGCUAGCUAGCUGUUAAGUGAACAAGGAAGAAAGCAUGGGCAUGGGUGGUGGUCUUGCUCUUGUGGCGGUCCUCUCCCUCCUGGCCGCGCACGGCGUCGACGGCGACGACUACAACACCAGCGAUGCCUACAUGCAGAGCUGGCGCAGCGCCAGGGCCACCUGGUACGGCCAGCCCAACGGCGCCGGCCCCAGCGACAACGGCGGCGCUUGCGGGUUCAAGAAUGUGAACCAGUACCCGUUCAUGGCCAUGACGUCGUGCGGCAAUCAGCCCCUCUUCAAGGACGGCAAGGGAUGCGGCUCAUGCUACAAGAUCAAGUGCACUCGGCACCCUGCGUGCUCCGGGCGCACGGAGACGGUGGUGAUCACGGACAUGAACUACUACCCCUUGGCGCCCUACCACUUCGACCUCAGCGGCACAGCCUUCGGCAAGCUGGCCAAGCCCGGCCGCAACAACGACCUCCGCCACGCCGGCAUCAUCGACAUCCAGUUCACCAGGGUGCCGUGCCAGUUCCCGGGCCUCAAGGUUGGUUUCCACGUGGAGGAGGGUUCCAGCCAGGUGUACUUCGCGGUGCUGAUCGAGUACGAGAACGGCGACGGCGACGUGGUGCAGGUGGACCUCAUGGAGUCGCGGAGCGGGGGGCGGUGGUCGUCCAUGCGCCAGUCCUGGGGAUCCAUCUGGAGGCUGGACUCCAACCACCGCCUCCGCGCUCCCUUCUCCAUUCGCAUCCGCAGCGACUCCGGCAAGACGCUCGUCGCCCGCGACGUCAUCCCCGUCAACUGGAGGCCCAACACCUUCUACCGCUCAUUCGUCCAGUACUCCUCCUAAUAAGUAAUAAUUUCCACCUCCAUCAUUAAUUAUUCCAAUCAAGCAACCUUUCUAGGGUCGCGAUGUACUACUUUAUUUAGGAGUAGUAAGUAAGGCGACGAUUAAUUUGAAGCGAGCUUAAUUACUUUGUGGGAAACAGAGGAGGCAGCCAGGCAGGCGUACAUCAUGCAUGCAUACGCUCUCCCUCCCGCCCAUCUUUCUUCUGCUGCAGCUGCUGCUAGUAAGUACUAGUAUGUCAGUAUGUAUUUAUACUUGUUAUCUGCUUCCGUCCGUCUUGAUCAGUUACUACUCCAUCCAUUCAUCGGACCUACUCCUAUAUAGGAGUAUGUUAUCUACUACGAAAUAUAAAUGCAUGUGGCUUCCAAAUUUAAUCAUUCAAGUACUCCAGCUUGCUCCUGUACGUGUGUGUUUCCAGCUGGAGUAGUAUGCAUGCAAUGUCGUCGGCAUGUGCUCUGCAACUCUCUCAUAUCAUAUGCAUAUCACGACGUCGUGCAUUUCCCUUCACCAGGACCCGGCCGGUCAAGAGAAAAGAAGAGGCGAAUCUUUCAGAUUUUGGUUUGGGAAAUUAUGAUUGCCUUUGUUUUGUUUUUCGAUGGGAAGCAGGGAUCGAGGUACGCUCUUGCUCUAUCGUCUGCACUCUGCAGGCAUCACUCUCAAGCCUGAAAUCAAAUGCAACCCAUUUUGUUGAGCUCCCGUACGUUCGUCCUUGUAGACGGACGGAGCUCCUGCAAUAUUGCCAUCGCAAUGUCAGCCUAACUUGUUCGGUAAGGGGGUAAAGGCAACCUGCUCCAGCAUCGAAUCAAACUUUUGUGGCUCCAGUUUUUUCUUUUCUUUUCUUUUCUUUUCUUUGCCAUAUAAUAUACUCCUCCAGUUAUUAU